AAUAAAAAUAAAAAACAACCAAAACUUUCAAUUGCCCAGGUUCUAGGGUUUAUACUUUAUAGUCUCAGCUCUUCGAAGCUCCCUAAAGCUACGUCGUUUUCAGAAUUCUCUCGCACUUAUAAUCCUUUGAAUCGCGUGGACUGGUCAUUUCCUUUCCGUGAAUUUGGAUUUUAUAGAAAUUGUGCUAUGAGUUGUGUCAGCAUCUGAGAUGGGCAAAAAUUGGGUUUUGGCUGUGAAAAUCUGAGUGACCGAAUUGUUACCAGAUUGACAGUGAAGCCGUAACACAUUAGAUGUAUGGUCAAGGGAAUUAUGGUCCUCAUUUUGGGCAGGGUCCUAAUACACCCAUGUCAACUGCGUAUCCACAGCGACCUCUUGCUCCACCACCUCCUCCCCCUCAUUCUCAUCAAGGGCACUCUGUCCCACCACCUCCUUUGAAUCAACAAGCUCCUCCUGCUGUUCCACCUCAUGUAGGUCAUCCAGGUCCUCAUAUAUAUCAUCAGCAUGUUCCUCCUGUUCCAUCCCUCUCAGUUCACCAAGGUCCACCCAUUCAAGUCCCAGCUGGUGGGAUGCCAAACACAGGUCAAUCUUAUUUACAAAUUCAUGGAAGUGCCCAGUUGCCUCUUACAUACUCUAAUAGUCAACAGAAUUCACAAUAUCAUUCGCAUUUAGGGACACAAAAUAUGCAUCACCUUCCACCACCAGUACCUCCACCACUUGGUCCUCACUCGGAAGUGUUACAGGCCCCACCUCCUCCCAGGGUGUUACCUCCUCCUCCUCCUCCGCAACAAACAUUGUAUAGAUCUCCUGUUCAUCCACGUCCACAGCAGCCUGGUUCUGUGCAGGGUCUUCAACAUAUCCCAACUCGCCCUCCCACUUAUGGUAUAUCUGGUCCUGCUCAAGUAGGAGGUUUUGUACCUUCAACUGUUGGAGAGUCUCAUAUCCCUUCCAUGGUUCUGCCGCCACCGCCGCCGCCACCACCACCACCACCGCCGCCACCUUCUUCUCCACCUCCUGGUCUGCCUUCUCCACCACCACUGUCUUCAUUUACAUCAUCUUCUGCGCCCAAUCAGGUUAGACAUAAUGCCCCUACCCAUGUUGCCUAUCUAAAUCAGGAAGUUGGAAGUGACUCUGAGGUGGGUCCUCUAGCUGGAGAUGGUAUGUCAGAUGGAAGUGCCAUAUCGGAUCUUCCUCCACCUCCUCCUAAGCCAUCAGAAAAAAAAGUUGUUCAGAACAUUGAAGAUUUGUGCCAGCUUAUUGCUAAGAAUGGGAAUUGUGUUGAAGAUAUGGCUCACAUAAAUGAAUCCAAGGAUCCAGAAUUUGCAUUUUUAUAUGGUGGUGAGCCAGGAAGUGAAGCUGCAAUUGCUCAUGAGUAUUUCCUGUGGAUGAGGAAGAAAUGCAUCUUGGCAUAUAAGACGUGUGAAUGGCAAAGUGGUUCGUCAUUGAGGCCUUUAAAAAAUGAGUCUUCAACACAACCUGACCAUCUGAUUGUUGGAUCUGGAUGUUAUUCACCUACAGAUUCUGACAUGGAGAUGGAAGAUGAUUUCACCCAGUCUGACAAUGAUCAGGGAUUCAAUCACUCAAUUGAAAUACCAAACAAUGGGUGUGAUUUGGUCCCUAAGAAGCUUGAUGCAAAUGAGCAUUGUUUACAUGCACUACAUAGUUUAGCGGAAGGUAGCCUAAUGAAGGAAGCCUCAUUUGAAAAAGGGACUUGCUCUGGGCCCUCCAAAAUAGGCGAAGAAGGUAAAGGGCUUCAUCUUGACAACUCAACAUUCAGAAAGCCAAUUUAUAUCCCAAUUGUGAGUUCAGCUGGAGCUUCAGAGCAUACCAUUGCCAGAAAUUUAGAGAAAUCUAGUGCUCCUCUAUCCAAUGAGCUUAUUCUUCCGUCCAAGACUUUUGCUGCAGCUGAAACCAUCCCUACUGAUAAGUGUUUUGGUGAACCAAUCAAAGGUGGCAGCCCAUUCAGACUUCUACAAGGCUAUGCUUCCGAUGACAGUUCAGAAAAUGAUGAUAAGCCCCACUGUGAAGAUGGUUGUCCCCUAACGCUUUCACCAUCAAUUACACCUCUUGCUAUAAAUUCCAAUAGAGAUUCUGGUUAUAAUCUAGGGACAGAUGUAGUAUCCAAGGGUUUCUAUGGGACUGAAAAGGGGUUUGGACUGCACUCUGAAUCUAGCAUUGUCCAUAAGGCUCCAGAAGUUACCUCAGAUUCACAAAAGGUGGUGAAGGAUGCCGGUACAGUAUCUAUCUCAAGUGGGACAACUGAUGAACACGUUGAUUAUAAUCAUGAAAAUCAAGUGGCUAUUAGCCAUCUUGCUUCCCAUGAGGCUCUCUUGGAAAAAGAUGACUUGGGAGGCACUGGUAUUGAUGUUUCUAAGAGUGCCAUGUCUCAAAAGAAAAAUAAAGAGAAAAACAUGAAACUUGAAUCGACACCUUUAAAAGUUGAUGAAUUUGGGAGAUUGGUGAAGGAUGAUGCUACUGACAGUGACACUGAUGAUUCCCGCCACACUCGGAGGCGUAGUAAGAGGGGAAGAAGUAGGAGCUGUAGCCAAUCUCCUAUAGACAGGGGUAGGAGGAGUCAUACCCGGAAAAGAAGGGAGAGGCGAAGCCGAUCUCGCAGCUGGUCUCCAAGGAAUCGAAGAAGCAGGAGCAGGUCUCCCCUAUCCUGGCGUGCAGGUGAGGUCAGCGUUGAAAAUGUGAGGCGGCAGAAGGGUCAUCUUCCAGAAUGCUUUGACUUCCGUAGAGGAAGGUGUUACCGUGGAGCAUCCUGUCGGUAUAUGCACCAUGAAUCUGACAGGAGCAGUGGAUCAAGGUACCAGAAGAGCAAACGACAGUAUCCAGAAGAUCCUCCUAGUUUGAGGAACUCUAAUACUCGUGAAGACAUCCAUAAAACCUCAGCAAAUGUAUCUAAUAAUGAGCGCGAAGCAUCGAAGAGCCAGGAGCUGCAUCCCUAUCAAGAUGUGCAUGGUGCUACGAAAGAUGGGAAUAUCAGUUGGAAAAGGGAAGAUAUUCUUAAUGAUGCUGGGAAAUCUGGUAUUUCGGAUAGUGAUGGCCCAAUUUUUAAUUCUAAUAUCAUUAACCAUGAGAGUUCUAGAGAUGUAGCUGCCGAAUUGUGGGAAAUGCAAGUUGUUCAAGAAAAGCAAGAGCAGCAAACUACUAAUAUUCAUGAUGCUGAGAACAGGCGGUUAACAGUGGACUCUCAACAGCCUUUGUCAGUGGAUGGUUUUCUCUCUCAAGCUGCAAGUGAUGCUGAUAUCCCAAAGUUACAAGGGGUUCAAAAUGCUGAUCGCCCAUCUCAGCUGAUACAUGACUCUUCUAUAUCCGAUUCAUCACCUGGUCAUACAUCCCUGGCUUCUAAUAAAUUCUCAACAAGUGAACCUUUACCAAAUAUGAAAUCAUCAACUCAGCCAUGGCCUGACUCAAGCUCUACCAGCCGGCCGCUUUCGUCUGAACAAUCUUCAUUGCAAUCUCUGGCUCCCAAAGAGUCAUCUCAUAGCAUUUCUGGUAUGGGGUUUUCUCAUCAUCCUUCUGAGUUGCACCCUCCUCCUGUCCCACAAGGUGUAAAUGCUGGCCAUACGGUGCAGCUGCUGAAGGAUGACUUGACACCACAGGGUGCAUCCUUUCCAUUUGAAUCUGUUCCUGGGGACAGUUUUCAUCCUUAUCAAGUUCCACUACCCAAACAACAUUCCCAAUAUUCUGUACCCCCAAAUUCUUCUUGGACCUCCUUGCCGCCACCCCCUCCACGACCACUGUAUGAUUCAACUGGUGAUGCAGGAACUGCCACCCCAGGUGUUUCUUCACAGUUUCAGCAGAGCCCCUCGCUCCCUUAUAGUUCUCAGGCUUCCGUAAGGAUCUACCCUAGUGAUAGGGCUGCUUAUAUACGAGUUAGUGAAUUUCCUCUUCAAGCCUGUGCUCCAGGGCAGGGGCCUAAUCAACCACUCCCUUAUGUAGAAGAUUUGGGAUCAAACCCUCUGCCAAAGAGCAACCACCCUAGUCAGCCUUAUGGUGGCAUUAAUCUUAUGAGAGAGAAUCACUUUCCACAGCUUCCAGCCCAGGAUUUAAUCUCUUCAAGCUCCUUUGCUGCUGGCAACAUGCUGCCCUCUGCACGAGAAUUAUUUAAAGACAAAAUGCAUUCUUUUUCUGGUGACAGUUUGCCUCCAGGUGAACUUAUAAAGUCAUCUUCUCAGAGCCUUCCCUAUUCACAGAGCCAACAGCCACCAUAUGGUUUGAAAUACCCUGCAACUGAUAUAAUUUUGGGUGAGCCUGGAAAGACUGGCUCGGUGUCCAGAUACCCUUCAGAUCUUCUGGGUGGGCAUCAGUCGUCUCAACUUCCUGAGUUUGGGGGUUCAAGAAUUUCUGCUCAUCAUAAUCCUUAUGCAUCUACUUUUGAGCAGCCUCUGAGCUCCAAAUUUAGUUCUGGUGUAUUCAAGCAAGAAAAGGACGCACCUUACUCUAGUAAAUUUGAUAGUUCUUUCAAGCCGAGCCAUGUUCCUGUUGAUGGGCUAGGUGUAGGCCAUGUCAGAUCAAGCCAGAUGACUUUCUCACCAAGUUCCACUAAAGCAAUUGGGCAGCUUUUGCCUAGGUCAGGUGGCGACCAGUAUGACCCACUUUUUGACAGCAUUGAACCGGCAUCGAAUUCAUUCAGGGGAGAUGAUCAUGGUCAAAAGCCAGAACAUACUGGUGAGUCUGACUCCAUAUUAAGGUUCAGUGGGACCCGCAAGCUGCCUGAUGUGGAAGAGAAGCAUAAGGAGAUUGGGGCUGUUGCUUCAACUACAUCUCUGGACAAUGAUGAAUAUGGUGAGACUGCAGAUGCAGAAGUGGGUGCUGUUGAGAAUGAGAGCCCAAGUACUCCUGUUAAUGUAGCAAACGUAACUGGGGGUGACAUUGAGAUUGAUCAGAUUAAGUCCUCGGGGAAGAGCAAAAAGAGCAAAGAUUCUCGAUCGAUGAAACUUUUCAAGAUUGCUGUUGCUGAUUUUGUAAAAGAGGUUCUUAAGCCUUCGUGGCGACAAGGUAAUAUGAGCAAGGAGGCAUUUAAGACCAUUGUAAAGAAGACUGUUGAUAAGGUGUCUGGAGCCAUGAAGAGCCACAAGGUACCCAAGUCUCAGGCAAAGAUAGAUCAAUAUAUUGAUUCAUCACAGCGGAAACUGACCAAACUUGUGAUGGGCUAUGUGGAUAAGUACGUCAAGGUGUAGAAGAUGAUGUAAGCUGCGAUUCCAGCUUAUUACUGUAGAAGAUUUGCAAAUUGAGCUCUAUGAUAGUUUUGUCAACAUUGUAGGGUUCUGUGAAUAGAUGGAGUUUUCUGCCGGCAUCUUGAAGUCUGUACUUUUUGCAGUUUGCAAUUUCAAGUGCAAGAAAAAUAUUACAGCAUUUGGGAGGAUGAACUUGAGCACAAAGGUUACUUGGGAUCCCAACCUCAGCAGAGUUGUGAGUCAGCUGCGAAGGGUGCAUGUAUGGUUUUCUUGGAAUAUAGCUGUUGUGUUUUGUUCUAGACUCCUCUGUAAAUGUUUCCAUCCAUAAAAUUACUGUUCUUGCAAUAUCUCGGUAAAUAUCUUCCAUUUUUUUUACUAAUUAUGACAAAAAUUUGAUGUGGAAA